AUGAGCGACCGCGAAUACAAAGGGUCGCAAGACGAGAAGGAAGAGGCAUAUAGUCCGCCUGCCACAUACAGCAAUGCGACGGACUAUGAGUUCGACCAGGUUGAGGAAAAGAGGCUGAUACGUAAAAUCGAUUGGAGACUACUGCCCAUUCUUGGCGCCCUUUACUCCAUUGCACUGAUUGACCGAACCAAUGUAUCCAACGCGCGAGUUGCAGGGAUGGACAGGGACCUAAAACUCUUCAUCGGAGACCGAUACACAAUCGUCUUGGUUAUGUUUUUUCCUACAUACUUCCUGCUCGAGCUUCCAUCCAAUCUGGUUCUGAGGAAAGUCGGAAGCGCCAAUUGGCUCUCCUUCAUUGCCUUAUCGUGGGGUGCUGUCAUGAUCGGGCAAGGUUUUGUCAAGAGCUGGAUCUCGCUUACCAUAUGUCGUGUGUUGCUUGGAGCCUUCGAGGCGGGCUUCUUCCCGGGCUGUGUAUAUCUCAUUACCUGCUGGUAUAAACGAUACGAAGUACAGAAACGAUUGGGCGGCUUCUACCUCUUCUCAGUUGGCAUUGGCGGCGUUGCAAACAUCCUGGCAUACGGCCUCAUGCAAAUGGAUGGCACUGCCGGCAUCCGCGGCUGGUCUUGGAUUUUCAUUAUUGAGGGGAUCAUUACAUGCGUCGUCGCCAUCAUGGCAUGGUUCAUGAUUCUGGAUUUCCCCGACAAGGCCGAAAAGACAGGCUUCCUCACCUCAGCCGAAGCGAAAGCGAUCCUAUACCGAAUCGAAGAAGAUCGAGGAGAUUCGGUAGCAGACCCCCUGACAUGGCCCAAGUUUUUCGAACACCUAAAAGACCUAAAGCUGUGGGCAUACGGCACACUCUUCAUGGGCGCCACAAUGCCAGCCUACGCAUUCUCCUACUUCCUACCCGUCAUCCUAAUCGGCAUGGGCUACUCCGCCGGCGCCGCAAACGCUCUCUCCGCGCCCCCUUCCUUCGCCGCCAUGAUCGUCGCCUUCUUCUUCGCCUGGAUGGGCGACAAAUACCGCGUGCGCGCCCCCAUCAUCGUCACGCAAUGCCUAAUCACCAUGACGGGCCUCAUGAUUGUCGCAUACUCGACCAACAACGGCGCCCGCUACUUCGGCACCUUCCUCGGUGUCGCCGGCUGCCAGGGCAACAUUCCCGCCAUCCUCGCCUACCAGAGCAACAACAUCCGCGGCCAGAGUAAACGCGCGGUCGGUAGCGCUCUGCAGAUUGGCUUUGGUGCUAUUGGUGGCAUCCUUGCGUCCACGACGUUUAAGCAAAAGGAAGCGCCGUUGUAUAGGACGGGGCUUUGGGUCACGGCCGCUCUGCAGUUUUGGAUGAUUUUCGUGCUGGGCUGUACGAGUGUGUAUUUUUGGAGGAAGAAUGGGGUUGUUGAUGCGCAGGCGGCGAAUGGGGAGGCUUUGGAUGAGAGGGAGGGGCAGGCAGGGUUUAAGUAUACUUUGUAG